UGAAACUUGAAGUAUUUUUGCUAUGUUAUGUAAAUUAUUGAAAACAUCAGCUAAAGAAAGAGAACCUUAUAUCAAAUUAAAUUAAUCUAGCUAAUUCGUAAAUUUUGAUUUAGUAGUUAAUCUUAUCUUAAAUAGAAAAUUUGAAUGAAUCAUAAUGUCGGCCGUAGUGUGUAUCAUCUCGUACGUAUUGUGAACUCACUAAAGCGGAACAGUGAACGGCGAAAAUAAUUUUUACAUAUAAUUUGCCAGCAUUAAGGUCUUUUCUCGAUUUCUAUGAUUUAAAUCUAAAGCAAAUGUGAUUUGGUACAGUACUAUGGAGGACUAUAAAUUCUUGUUUAAAGUCGUGCUAGUCGGUAACGCAGGUGUUGGAAAAACUUGUUUAGUAAGGAGAUUUACGCAAGGAUUAUUUCCACCGGGUCAAGGUGCUACUAUUGGAGUAGAUUUCAUGAUCAAGACGGUGGAGGUUGAUGGCGAAAAAGUGAAGCUGCAAAUAUGGGACACAGCUGGCCAAGAAAGAUUUCGGUCAAUAACACAAAGUUACUACAGGUCGGCACAUGCUUUGAUUUUAGUAUAUGACAUAUCUUGCCAGCCUACAUUUGACUGUUUACCAGAUUGGCUCAGAGAAAUUGAAGAGUAUGCCAACAACAAAGUUUUGAGAAUAUUAGUAGGUAACAAAACCGACAGAGAAGACAGGGAAAUUCCAAGGCAUAUUGGUGAUGACUUUGCGCAGCGUAAUGGGAUGUAUUUCCUUGAAACCUCUGCUAAGGAGGCCGAAAAUGUGGAGCGUUUAUUUAUGGAAAUUGCUGUAGAAUUGAUGGAACAAGCGAAAUGCAAGGAAUUGCCAAAGUACGACGGAAGUCUCGGCCCUAUCAACGGUAAGACGACAUCAGUAGGUGACAGUUCAUGUUGUUUCAGAUCGUAAAUAAUACUUCUGACAUUUCAAAAGGUCACCUUUUAACUUCUAACUAGGAUCAGUUAGGUUAGGUUAGGGGUGUAAAUCACAACAAUGUCUGUGGGUUAAAUAAUGUAGCAAUAUUUCUAAAGAACAUUCACAGUGAUUUUAUGGUAAAGUUUUAAUGUGAAAAAAAAAUUGUUUUGUUACAUUCCAAUUUGUUAUUUAUUAUAGUGAAAUUUUAUGGAUUACUGAAACAUUUUGUGAUGUUUAGGUAAUUUUAACCACAGGUAUGCAUUGUUCAUACAAUUAGUAUAAUUAUGAAACUCCAUUGAUCACAAAAUCACAAAAGCAAUGCAUAUCGAGGACGAUGGGACUCAGUUGUUCUCACCAGGGCUAGGUAAAGUGUAAUAUUAUGUCUACGUAUUUUGAAUUUACCCAAAUUGUAUAUUUAAUAUUCUGCAAGCGUCUAGGGCUGCGAGAACCCUGAAACAGACGGUUUUUAAAUAACGAUGCUGAUCUCAAUUUCACAAAUAUCAGUAAAUCGAUAGUUUAAAUGUACAUUAGAAAUAGUUUGUUAUAAAUAUUCUUAGACGAGCUUGUCGUCUCUCUGGGGAUUCAGAGUAUUACCAGGUAGUGCAUCUGAAUUUGUACUCGAUGUAAGUCGAUAUCUUGAAUGCCUUAUUUUGUAGUCGAUAACCAUCUAAUUGUAAGGCCUUUGCGGAUGUGUUGAUCUUCUCCUGGUCCUGCACCAGGCCAUCAAAUGUUGUGCUUCUGGUGAAUUUUGUGAGAUGCGAGCGAACUGAAGUACAGGGACGACGGGUCAUAUUAACCGUAGUUUGUAGAAACUGAUUUAAUUGUUUAAAAAUGGCAAGAUUUUUAUGGUGGUAUGUUAUUAUAAAAGUUUUAUUCAUCAAAUAUCUUCAAUAAUACCAACCCUACGUGGUGCUUUUGUAUAAAUAUUUUUCAUUUUUACUUUAUUCCGAAUCUCACCCUUUUGCUUGGUUUUGCAAAGAAUUAAGUUAUUGGAGGAUAAAGAAAACGAUAUUCUCAUUACUUCAUUAUUAUACUGCCUUCGAUGUCUAAAUUUAUGUUUAAAAUAUCUUAUGUAUGUUCAAGACCAAUUUCUUAAUUCCUAUCUCAUCGGUUUUUGGUUUGUCUUAAGGUUGUAUAAUACAAAAUAUAAAUACUCUUUGCUUAAUAAAUCUUGCCUUUAAUUAAGUGUCUCUUUGAUAUUGUUACUGUUUUGCUUAAAAGAUUUUAAUAAUUUUUGAUAAUGUAUAAUUUACAUGUUGUAACUUUUUAAUAUUAUUUUAGAUUUUUUUACAUUAACGUUAUUCUUCCUGAAGUUUGUGAUGUCUUCAUUUAUUGAGAAUAUUUUUACAUUAUGAUUUGAGGUAUCUAAACUAGGAAUUUAUAUUUGAUCAUGUCAUUCCAAUAGAAAAGAAACAUCACCAAAGAAAUUGAAAUACAUGUUAAACUCGCAAUAAAGGAAAUUACGCUGUA